AUGAAAGAAUUGCAUGAAUCCAGGAACCUGCCAAAGACUCCUCGGAAUCAGUUCCUCACUCCGAGAACACCUAGUACACGGGGUCCUUCAACUGUCACGAAAACCGUCACCGCACGGAGCCGAUCACCACAGUCAUCGACAUCGGCGAGCACUCGUAAGCGAACAUCGUUGUCACGAGUACAGUCUACUCUCACCCAGAUUGACUUUGUGACCCAACCCACACCUGCGAAUGAUGAUCAGCUUGGCUACAUUGACGAGCACAAAUAUCGCAGCGAUACUCAAGACAUAACUGAGCGGCCAGCUGUAGAUGAUGGGUCCGACAAAGAUUCAGACUAUAUCCCUGCUCCGCCAGUCAGGUCAGCUCAUAUCUCAAAAUUCAAGAUGAGCGAACGAGAACGUGAUUCGGAUGAACGCCCGCAGAAGCGGAGAAGCUCUGCAAUCGUCAAUCGAGAGGCAUACCGAAGCCAUGGACCACGAAAGAGCGAAACACCAAGGGCGAGUGUUCGUCCUAGGGGCGGGCGAAAAUCCCUGGAAAAGUCAGUGGGGAAACGGGACAAGACAUUAACUCAGAUGGACUUUGUACGACGUUAUAUUACCAUCGAUGAUGAUGAUGAUGACGACGACGUGAACAUGGGAUAUAUCCAGCCGACACCGCAGAAGAAGGGCAUAAAAGAUGAACAGGUCGACCAUACGCCCGAAUUGAAUCAAUCAAAGUCUACGAAACGUCAGACCCCCGCCAAACGAAAGCACAGAGUCUUUGAAGAAGAGCUGGACCUUUCAACCGGGGAACCUAUAUCUCAACAAAAAGAAACACAAGAAUCAAAUUCUAGAAGUGCAGCUGUGGGCCAACCGGGAUCCACAGCUCCUGUUACACCACGAAAGCUUCGGACGCGCGAGAUACCUUCUUCACAGACGCCCGAAAGCCCUGGUCUCGCUAUUAUAACCUCAUCUCAAUUUCGCAGCGCUACUCGCUCUCCUUCAAAACAGAACCUGUCAAACCCAAUCAAUAAUCCCAUGCAAUCUAUCAAAGAAGAAAACUCGGAGGUUCGGCGAGUGACUGAGGAUUCACAAGACCAUGGAGGCAAAUCUUUACCACGGCCAACAGCAUUCGGUUCUCCAGGCAUCUAUAACACUUUGAUCCAUCCUGAUCCAACUCUUACCGAGCAAUUCCCUUCAUCUGCACCUCCGAUGGAGUCGACUGACCAAGAAUCCCCCACAGAAGCAAAUGGGAAUUCGAGAAAUGAAUCCACCAAGAGGGAGAGGACAGUCGUCUACGAAACGGAUGCGGACUCAGAAUACGGAGACUUUGAGGACAGCCCCGAUAGACGUUCCGUGACACCUUCUCCAAAGAAAACACACCGGGGGAAUGGUCCACAGGAUGGCUCACAGGCGACCCAACACACCCCAGAGUCACCCAAGGAUGAUUCCCAAGUCCUUCCUCUACCAGCUGCGCAAUCGAGCCCUGGAUUGGAUGAUGCACCUCCACCUGAAGGUCCAAUGUCUGAUGCCUCAAUCUGCUAUCAAAGAAUGCAUGCAGCUACACAAUUCCCGCACGAGCCGAUCCCAACGCUGAAUACGCAGAAGAUGUCCGAGCUUUUCCCUCACGGAGGCAGUACCCAGUACACAAAUCUGGAGCCAUGGAGGCAUUCUCUUCAAAAACAGGCACCGGGACUAUCCUCGCAGACACAAUCACAAAGUCACGAAAGCGACAAAGAAUCUACUGAAAAGGUUCCCGAGUCGUCGCCCAUCCAGGAACGAGAACGUGGAAUCUUGUCGGGCGAUACUUCGUUCCAACGAUCACGUGCCCCUGGCUCAGUGGUCCAAGUUGAGUCUUCGCAGGCGGUGGACCGAGAUCCUCAGUUGCAGGGCCGAGUCCUCUCUCGGAGCCAGCUUCUUACAUCGAGCGUCAUGGAGAGCAUUCCGCUCCCGAACUUUUGGAUGGGGAGUCAGGAUAGUGUGGGAGAGCCUUAUAGCUUACCUGAAGGAUGA